AUGGGUAGCCAGAAACUGGGAGGACCUGGUCGCUUCGUGGCCGUGGACGAGACUUUCUUUGUCAAGAAAAAAAUUCCAAAGGCAGCCACAUUGAAAGCGCGCAUCCAAGAGUUUGUGGCAGAGGGUUCUUUGAUCUUCACGGACAAGUUGAAGUCGUACCAGUGGCUCUCAGGCAAGAACAGCAAGUUCGUCCACCGGUGCGUCAACCAUAGCAAGGGUGAGUUUGCCCGGACAGAAACUUUGUUUGGCGUCGACGUGCGGGUGACCACCAAUGCUGUCGAGGGUCUCUUUGGUCGGCUGAAAAAGUACUUUCGCCAAAGGGGGUUGGGCAGGGUUGGCAAAGAUGCCUAUGGUCACUUGUUGGCUGAAUUUUUGUUCCGACAGAGAUGUACGGCCACUAAGACUGAAUGUUUGCCAGCUUUCCUCCACGAGAUCUUGGUGUGGCAAUCAGAGCACCCCAACAAGAAAGUCUUCGAAACGAAACUUCAAGAUUGCAUUCCAGACAGUGUCCUUGCAGACUUCAGUGCUCUGAUUGGUGACGAGGAAGGUGAAGGUAGCAACCUGGAAUCGGAACCAGUGAGAUUGCAGUCUCCUGUUCUGAACCACGCCCCUGUUCUGAACCCGGCCCACGUGAAGCGUGAAAUGGAUGCCAGUGAGUCUGACUGUGAGAUCAUCAGUGUGCAACUUCAUCCAAAAGCAGGAAUGCUCCAUGUAAAGGAAGAAAGCGGUGCUUCUUCAAGUGCAGCCCUGCCUGUAGCUGAGCCGCCAAAGCAGGUAGACAUUUUUUGCCCGCAAGGGCACUCCGUGUUUGUGAAAGACUUGCCAGAGCGCAGCGUUUUUAAGAAACGCCGUGUUCUCUGGGUGGAGUGGUCCAAGGUUGUCUGUGACGUUUGUUCUUUGGAGACGGCAGAUCCCACAUAUCGUUGUGAAGCUUGCGAUUGGGACAUUUGCUCUCGAUGCGCGAAGAGCUUGUAA